CCGUCGUAUUUGGUUGUUUAUUUGUUUUCUAAAAUAAAGCUACCUAUAUGACUGUUUUGUCCUUCGUAGUAUGCUGUUUUUGUUUUUUUUAAAGAGUUCGUUUUUCCAAGACCUCCAGAAACACGCCCACUUUACGUAGAAACCCUGGAAUAAAUGAUAGGAAUGCCGUGUAACCAUCUGUGCACGAAAAUAAACACGACUCGCACUGUUCUUUGUCUGUUGGACAAAGAAACAAGGAAAUGAAAUGAUAUAAAAUGGUGUUUUAUGAUGGUCAGGACGGGGUUAACAUGUUUUUGUCUGCUGCUUUUGUUUUUUGCCAGCAUUAAAGCCAUAAAGGUCAUUGGUCGGGAUGUGACUGUAACAGCAGGAGAUGAUGCGCAGUUAUUCUGUGAAGCGAUUGAGACAACAGAGCCUCUAACAACUAUUAGGUGGCAAAGACGAACAAAGAAAAAGCCAACAAAUUCAGAUUUUCUGGUUGUCACUUCCAGUGGCAACGAAGAACAUAUUAACGGACUGAGGGACCGAGUAAAAUUUGCAGGGAACUUACCAGUACUGGACGGCUCAAUUCUUCUAAGUAAUGUUGCUCUUUUAGAUGAAGGAAUCUACACCUGCAUUUUCAGCGUAUUUCCAAGUGGACCAUAUAAAACAGAAAUUCGUCUCAGAGUACAAGUUCCUCCUUUUGUCACUGUGGGCACUGAUGUUCCUGUUGUUGCUGGAGACACUGGGGGGAUUUUAGCGACCUGCACUGCAGCCAAUGCAAAGCCUGCAGCAGACAUGUCGUGGAGUCUGGGUGCUUUAAACAACACAGUGAAAGUACAAAAUACUGUCACUGUGGACUCUGAAGAUAGAUACACUGUUAAAAGCAACCUGAUUGGAACUGCAUCUAAAGAUCUAAACCAGAAGAAGGUUCAGUGUGUAGUCACACACCCUGGCCUAAAGCAGAAACUGGAACUGAAUUACACAUUGGAUAUUCACUAUCCUCCCCAGGUGGUUUAUAUUAGUUCAGCAGGUGAUAAAGGGGAAACCUGUGAAUUUCUAUGUGACACAGACGCUAAUCCAAAACCUACAAACUUUACCUGGGGCAGAUAUUUUCCAGUGAACGAGACUCUUUCCAGUGGUGUUAAUAGCAGUCUGAUUGUUCCGCUGACCCCUGGCAGUAACGGACCUUACUAUUGUUUGGCGUCUAACCAAUACGGGGAAGCUGUUGGUUCCCUCUAUAUGAAUGUUAAAACAUCUACAGAAUCCAAAACCUGUUGGACUCUGUUCAUCCUGACCCUUGUUGCUGUUUGCUGUUUUCUCAUUUGGAAAUUUGAAUUGUUUCAGCGUGUUAAUAAAAUACUGCGUGAGUUGCUCAGGCGAUAUAUCGGUCAACCUGUGCCUACGGAAUCUCCAGACGGCGAAGAGGGCAUUAAUACAUGAAACAAACCUCUCUACUGGGACCAUACCUUGCCGUGGUGGAGGGGCUUAUCCUCCUUCAAGUGAGGAGAAAACCAAAUGGUCCCACAGGAUUUGUCACCCAACGGUCCAUUUUAUGUUUCUUGACUGAUCUGCUGUCAUCAACAGGACAACAACCAGGUCUAAAAAAAAUCCUGUAGCGAGAGGAAGACACCAAGGCAUCUGAAACAAGAGGACAUCACAAACAUAAUUUUUUGAGUGUAGAGAGUGACUCUCUACUAGGGUUGCAAAGGGGAGGAAAGUUUCUGGUAAAUUUCCAGAAACUUUCCACUGGAACUUAAUCUGGGGAAUUUUGGAAAUAUUCUAAAUUGGAAACUUUACUGGAAUUUAUGGGAAUUAAUUGGAAAUAUAGGGAAAUUUAUCUAAACUAUAUUAUAUACAAAUAUAAAUAAACAUUUUGCUUAUUAACCUAUAGUAAGGUAGUUAAGUUUAGGUAUUGGGUACAAUUAAGAAUGUAGAAUUAGGUAAUGCAGAAUAAGGCAUUAAUAUGUGCUUAAUAAGUAAUAAUAAAUAGCCAAUAUUCUAUUAAUAUUCAUGCUAAUAAGCAACUAGUUAAAUGCCCCUAAAAUAAAGUGUUACUGUACAUGUUAUGGAAGAAUGCAAGUACAUGCAGGGGGUUUGGCCUCAAUGGCCCUCCAGUAAGCAGUGUGCUGUGUGCAAGUCACCAAGGAAUGCAGGGUACAGAUUCAACUUAAAUUGCAUAAAAUCUUGUUGUUUUAAACAGAAUUAUGCUGUUACGAUUUUUUUUAACUACAUUUAAGUUCCUUGCUAUUAUAAGCAACUUUGCAUUUCUUUUAAAUUCCCAGUUUAUUUCCAUAUAUUCCCGUUAAUUCCCAUAUAUUCCCGUUAAUUCCCAUAUAUUCCCCUUAAUUCCAUGGAAAGUUUCCGGCCUUGAAAAUUCCCAGAAUUUUGCAACCCUACUCUCUACAGACCAUCUAAAGUAUAUAAUCAAGUAGAGUUCUGGUAAGUUUAGACCGAUUUAAGAUGAUGACACCAGCUAGUCCCUUUUCACAGGGAAUCCAUCCAACAGGUACAUUAACAAAUUAAAGUCAGGGUCUCUGAUUUUUGAGAAAUGCUUCAGAAAACUGAGUCGCGUCGAAUAAUUAUGGAGUCAGAAUUGUUUCGUUAUUCUGAAUAAAUAUACUAUG